AUGUCGGUUGAGAUAAGAGCAGGUCGACCAACGAUGCCGACGAUACCGCAGUCUAAGAGACCAACCAUUUUAGUGUAUCCGACAGUAACUCCAGAGAGUAUCAUUAUUCCAAUAGUAUCGUGCAUUCUGGGAUUCCCGAUAUUGGCGCUUAUGGUCAUCUGUUGCCUGAGGAGGCGAGCAAAGCUCGCGAGAGAACGAGCCAGAAGGAGAAACUGUGAUCUGGAUCAUGGUGCUUUGAGUCUUGUUCGAUUUAGCCCGGUUCAUCGUUUAGCAUCUAAAGAGGAUUUAGUUGGAAUUGAUCGCGCGACGAGAGCAGUAUCGUUACGAAGCGAUCGAGGAUCUCGAGCCUUUCCAUCGCUGGAAUUGGAUACGGUUGUCGAGGAAAGAUCGGAUCCUGAACAGAGCACCGCACUGGAACUUAGUAGUCCAGAUUAGCAUCCAGCUUUGGUACCGCCCAGGUCUCCCCGACCAUCAAAAUCGGCGGUGCCAUUGCCCGUAGAUCACAGCCCAUUAUGGACGGCAUUGACUCACGCCAAUGCCGUGUCUUCCGCACUUGGAGAUACCUAACAGGAGGUUGAAGAGGGCGGCUAUAUCGAAGCUCUCGUCCUCGAUUUACCAAUCAUCUACUAAGAACGUUGAAUAAAUGAGUUCAUUACGAAAAAUUGACAACGGGACCUUAUCUUAUUCGACUU